UCCCCAAGGACCCCUGUGUGCUUCCCACCGCCCCUCACCCUUGCACCCAAGCCUCCACCUCACACAGGCUCCUUGCACACACCAGAAACUGACUUCCACUCACCUACCUGCUGUCACGCUGCCUCUGUCCACCUCCAUGGCCCCCUGCAAAGCCCUCCUGCUGGCUCUCAGCCUGCUGGCUCUCUGGACUCCCCCGGCUCUGGGUGGUGCCAACGACGCCGAAGACUGCUGCCUGUCUCUGACGCAGCGGCCCAUCCCGGUGAGCCUCGUGCGAGGCUUCCGCUACCUCCUCCCCAAGGAUGGCUGCAGGGUGCCUGCCGUGGUAUUCACCACGGUGAGGGGUUACCAGCUCUGCGCACCCCUAGACAAGAACUGGGUGAAGCGCAUCAUCCGGAGACUACAGAGGAUCUCGGCCAAGAACAAGCGCGACAGCAGCUAGAGGGAGCCCCGCGCCUGAAGGCAGAGAUGCUGAACGCUGCAGUCCUGGGGAAGCCAGCACCAGAGGGACGGACAAGGCCUCCGGCGCCUCUGCCCCAGACGUGGCGGGACCUGCAAGUGUGUGUGUGGCUGGAGCAGACACUUCACCCCCAACAAGAAUGCUUCAAUAAAGUCCA